UCCAACAUCAUCAUCAUGCUGUUCCUCUUGUUUACAUUCACCCUGUUUGUGAUUUCCUUGCAAAAAAUACAAGUAGACUUCGAACGUUUUGAGCAGCUUUCGGGGUUCGAUUACUACAACAGUACACUGCGAUUCCGCAAGUACAACCGCACAGUAGCUACACUGAACGGAACAUUAGAACUACUGCAAUCACUCAACAGUAGCUAUAUAGUUACGACUGAUCUCUUCCAUAGCAGUCGCGGAAAUCAACAGUUCAAUCACUAUCCGGUAAAGUUUCCCACCCAGAACGUAUGUGACUUUAUGAACAGCAUUUACAACGAUUACCGUGAGCACCUGGAGGGUGUCAGCAAUCUACCGAAGCAAAACGAAUGUCCAAUCACGCCACGCGUCAUGUCCGUCGACAAUAAGAUAUUUCCGUCUAAAGCGGUACCACCGUUUUUCCCGGCAGGCCUCUGGAAGGCACACGCCAUGGCUUGGCUGAACGAUGUCGAGGUGAUGCGCUUCGAACUUAUUAUAAAGGGUAAAAAUGAAUUAGUUUAAUCAUUCCGUCAACACUGGUUGGCCAACGAUCGAACGAACAGUGAAUAUUUUAUUUUGUUAUAUGUAUACCGAUUGAGACAGUAAAAGAUAUUAUCAAAUAAUUUGCUUGUAGUUUUUUUCGGAGAAUCCACAAUAAUAAAGUAGUAGCUGUGUGCUUAAGUAUUGUUUCAAGCAACAUAUUUUACCCCUAGAAGCAGUGGAUGAUACGAGAAAGUAAGGAAUAUUGAA